GCCAUUUUGUCAGUGUCAAGGUGAAAAUGGCGUAUGUGCUGAGAUUGUCUUCGCGACAGGUGCAGCGGACGUUAUGUCCUGGGCUGCAUGUCCGCCUGUUACAGACUUCAGGAGCAGCCUCACAAAAGAUUGCUAUGAGCAGGUUUGAAGACAAAAAUUAUGUCGGAUAUGAAAAACAAGAGGAACGACUCAGGAUUGUUAUGGAUAGACUUGGAAGACCUAUGACCCUUGCAGAAAAAAUAUUGUAUGGACACUUAGAUGACCCAGUAAAUCAGGAUAUUGAACGUGGUGUAAGUUAUUUAAAGCUAAGACCAGACAGAGUAGCAAUGCAGGAUGCUACUGCACAAAUGGCAAUGUUACAGUUUAUUUCUAGUGGUCUUCCAAAGAUUGUCCUAGAGAACUAUGCAUACCCUGGUAUCUUAGUAAUUGGUACUGAUAGUCAUACACCUAAUGGUGGUGGGCUGGGUGGUCUAUGUAUUGGUGUUGGUGGUGCUGAUGCUGUAGAUGUUAUGGCUGAUAUACCUUGGGAAUUAAAAUGUCCUAGAGUAAUAGGUGUCAGACUUGAAGGUGCCUUAAAAGGAUGGACAGCACCAAAAGAUGUAAUAUUAAAACUUGCUGGCAUCCUUACUGUAAAAGGAGGUACUGGUCAUAUUGUGGAAUAUUUUGGACCUGGUGUUGAAUCAAUAUCUUGUACAGGAAUGGCGACCAUCUGCAACAUGGGUGCUGAAGUGGGUGCUACAACGUCAGUGUUCCCAUACAAUAGACGAAUGAGAGAUUAUCUAAAGGCAACAAAUAGGUCAGGUAUUGCUGAAGCUGCAGAUAAACAUAGUGCUAUGUUUUCAGCAGAUCCAGAAUGCGACUAUGAUGAACUAGUUGAAAUUAAUCUGGACCAGUUGGAACCCCAUGUGAAUGGCCCGUUCACUCCAGAUCUCGCCAGUCCUAUUUCAAAACUUGGAGAGAAUGCAAAAAAGAAUGGAUGGCCACUUGAAGUCAAAGUUGGUCUUAUUGGUAGCUGUACUAAUAGUAGUUAUGAAGAUAUGAGUAGAGCUGCCAGUGUUGCAAAACAAGCUUUAGAUCACGGCAUCAAAGGGAAGGCUUUGUUCACUGUAACACCAGGUUCUGAGCAAAUCAGAGCAACUAUCCAGCGAGAUGGUCAGGCUGAUAUUUUCCGUGAAUUUGGUGCUUCAGUUUUAGCCAAUGCCUGUGGACCUUGCAUCGGUCAGUGGGAUAGACAAGACGUCAAGAAAGGAGAGAAAAACACCAUUGUGACAUCAUAUAAUAGAAACUUCACAAGCCGUAAUGAUGCAAAUCCUCAAACCCAUGCAUUUGUUGCCUCCCCUGAGAUUGUGACAGCAUUGGCCAUUGCUGGUGAUCUAUCUUUCAACCCAGAAACGGAUUCACUCAGAGGUGCUAAUGGUGAAAAAUUUAAACUUGAAAGUCCUUAUGGUGAUGAACUUCCAUCCAAGGGGUUUGAUCCUGGUGAAGACACAUACCAACAUCCACCAGAAGAUGGUUCUAGUGUCAGUGUUGAUGUUGAUAAAAAUAGUAACAGAUUACAGUUAUUGUCACCGUUUGAGGCAUGGGAUGGAAAAGAUCUAGAAGAUAUGACAAUACUAAUUAAGACUAAAGGAAAAUGUACAACAGAUCACAUCAGUGCUGCUGGACCCUGGCUUAAAUUCCGUGGUCACCUUGAUAACAUUUCAAACAAUUUAUUUAUUGGUGCUGUCAAUGCUGAAAAUGGUGAAGUGAAUAAAGUGAAGAACUUAGUGACGGGCGAAUAUGGAAGUGUGCCAGACACUGCUAGGUAUUACAAAGCCAACAACAUACCUUGGGUUGUCAUUGGUGAUGAAAAUUAUGGUGAAGGCAGUAGUCGCGAACAUGCUGCACUGGAACCAAGACAUCUUGGUGGUAGGGCCAUCAUUGUCAAGAGUUUUGCCCGUAUACACGAAACUAACUUAAAGAAGCAAGGAAUGUUGCCGUUGACGUUUGAUGAUCCUUAUGAUUAUGAACACAUCCAGCCAGACGAUAAAAUAUCAAUAAUUAAUUUGAAAAAUCUUGCACCAGGAGUGGAUGUAGACUGUGUUGUAAAACACAAGAAUGGCAAAACAAGACACAUAAAAUUAAAUCACACAAUGAACGAAACGCAGAUCCGAUGGUUCAUAGCUGGUAGCGCUUUGAAUAAAAUGGCAAAGAAAAUAAAAAAUCAAUAGUUACAAUUGUGAAGCAUUUUAAGUUUUCUGUAUGAAGUGUUAGCAUGAAGGGAACAAUAAUUUCAGUAUAAUUUGGUGCUGAAUCAUACUGACUAAUAAUACCUUGUAUUUCAAGAUUUCUUAUGUUUUAGUGUGAAUCUAUUUUUCAAGUUUUUGCAGUCAUUAGCUCUGCCCUGUAAAUGUCAUAAUUUCUAUAUUUUCUUACAAUGGAUCUCUUUUUUGAUCACCCUUUUGACAGUAUCAAUUGUUUCUCCUGAAUUUAUUGUAUGUUCAUCCGUUCAUUGUUCGGAGACCGUACGGGUAGGGGUCCUCUUCUCUGGUUCGCCAUCUGGUCCCAGUGAGAUACGCCUGAAUUGUGCACCAGUUAUCCUCCAUUUGAAUGCACUCUGCCGUAUCAUCAAUGUCCUCCAAUCCAAGCACUGAUGCUACUUUAGCUUUAUUUACUUGAAAUGCAUAACAAUGUUUGGAAUGUUUUAUUUUUUCCUUAUCUGUACAAAUUUUAAAAUUGAAGUUGCUUUAAUUAAAGCUGUCAUGUUUGUUUCAUAACAUCCAUCCUUUACCAAAUAAAAUCAACUGUAUUUAAUAUUA